AUGGCUCGCCCUCUGGCACAGGUUAUCACAAGCUCACACGUGUAUCAUCCGGCAUGGUUCAGUACGCAGUACAGCUAUCUAUGCUGUCUUAAAGGAGACCCUGACCAAAGCAUGUUGUGUUAUGCAGGCUUUGUUGGGUUUGUGUUACAAGUGUGCUUUGUCCCCAAAUAUAUGUAUUUGAGCCUCCUUUCUAUAGUGCCAUCCCCCCAAUAG